GACAGGCUUUUCUGCCACCGUCCAGCCAGGUGACUGCCUCCAAGUUUAUCCCAUAUCCAGGAAUCUCCCAGCUCCAGUGGGACCCCAUCUCAGUCGGCGCGGUCUCCCUGAGGAACUACACUUCCCAGCAAGCGCCAGCGCGGCGACCACGACUCCCAGAGUUCUUUUAGGCUCGAUCUGGCGCUGGCAUUAAACCCUUGGUGGAUGCGUAGUGCCCGCGAACCGCACCGAGCGCAGGCCCGGGCGGAGCUGCGGUGGGGGAGGGCGAAGUGAAGGCUUUUGUCCCGGUUAAAUACCCGCCUACCCGACACACACCUUCGCCUCCGAUCCGGAAAAGUCCUGGCGUCAGAGGAAAGUGGCAAAGCAGCCGAGCAAAAGUGAAGAGAUAGAGGCGGUGGAGACACUGAGAUUCUUUGUGGAAGACCAGAAGAGAAAAAACAAGGGCACAGCCACUCCCACAGAAUGCCGGAGGGCCCUGAGCUGCAUCUGGCCAGUCACUUUGUGAACAAAGCAUGCAGAGGACUGGUGUUUGGUGGGCGUGUGGAGAAAUCUUCCGUCAGCCGCAAUCCUGAGGUGCCCUUUGAGAGCAGUGCCUAUCAUAUCUCGGCCUCAGCCCGGGGCAAAGAGCUGCGCCUGACACUGAGCCCCCUGCCUGGGGCCCAGCCCCCACAGGAGCCACUGGCCCUUGUCUUCCGCUUUGGCAUGUCUGGCUCCUUUCAGCUGGCACCUGCUGAUGCACUGCCACCCCAUGCCCAUCUGCGCUUUUACACAGCUCCACCUGCCCCCCGGCUUGCCCUGUGCUUCGUGGACAUUCGCCGAUUCGGCCACUGGGAUCCUGGGGGCAAAUGGCAGCCAGGUCGUGGGCCCUGUGUCUUGCUGGAGUAUGAGCAGUUCAGGGAGAACGUGCUACGAAACCUAUCAAACAAGGCCUUUGACCGGCCCAUCUGUGAAGCCCUCUUGGACCAGAGGUUCUUCAAUGGCAUUGGCAACUAUCUGCGAGCAGAGAUCCUAUACCGGCUGAGGAUCCCUCCCUUUGAGAAGGCCCGCACCGUGCUAGAGGCCCUGCAGCAUCACCGGCCGAGCCCAGAGAUGACCCUGAGCCAGAAGAUCAGGACCAAGCUGCAGAACCCAGACCUGCUGGAACUGUGCCACUCAGUGCCCAAGGAAGUGGUCCAGCUGGGGGGCAAAGGCUACGGGCUGGAGCACGGAGAGGAAGACUUUGCUGCCUUUCGAACCUGGCUGAGGUGCUAUGGCAUGCCAGGCAUGAGCUCCCUGAGGGAUCGGCAUGGCCGUACUAUCUGGUUCCAGGGGGAUCCUGGACCUCUGGCACCUAAAGGGGGCAAGUCCUGCAAAAAGAAAUUCCAGGAAUCACAGCUGAGGCCCGAGGACAAAAUGGAGGACAUUCCACCUCCAAACAAAGCUCCUUCCAGAACACGAAAGGCCCAGAAACACCUUCCCAAGAAGGCUGCAGUCCAGCAGGCUGAGGGGACCAGCCUCCAACAGGACUUAGAAACUCCCACAGUCCCUGAGAAAGGGAGGAGAAAGGGGCAACAGGCAACCACAGGGCGCCGUAGAUCCCGGAAAAAAAAGGCUGGCACUCCAUCCAAGGGAUCUGGGGAAACCUCAGCCUCUUAGCAGGAGGCUCAUCUUGUUUGUAUCACCCUUUCCUUGCCAACAAUCUGGGGGUCUGAAUUCCUAGAAGCAGUAUUUUAAGGGCUUUAUGCACUGGGCCUAGUGGCUGUUCCCUACACAACUGGUAUUUUUUUAUUGUACCUCACCUUCCACAUUUUUAAAGCCCAUGUGAGAAAUCCAUUUUUAAAAUAAGCUAAUAAAACUGAAUU